AUGGCAACGCUGGGCUCGCCUGAGAUCUCGCCCAAACGCCGGCCGCGCACCUGGGCUCGGAGGAUAGAACGUCUUUGUGUCACCGUGUGUGGAUACGUGCCUUUGGUAUUUGUCUAUGGCUUGACUUCUUGGGCCGUCUGGGUGGAAGCUGGCAUUGGCUUUCUGCCAAACAAAAGCAACUGGAUUGGUUUCCCCAGCUCGGCACUGGGAAUUACUCUAUACAUACUGCUAAACCUGUCCUAUACCGUCGCUGUCUUCACCGAUCCCGGAUCUCCCCUGACGUCGAGCACGCGAAGUUCCGGCCGCGGUCAAUAUAGCCACUUGCCAACGACCGAACUGCCCGAAUACCAAAGCUUCACGGUAAACUCGCACGGCGGUGCGAGAUACUGCAAAAAAUGCCAAUGUUCCAAACCAGACCGCGCCCAUCACUGCUCGAGUUGCAAACGAUGCGUGUUGAAAAUGGACCACCACUGUCCCUGGCUGGCCACCUGCGUCGGACUCUGGAACUACAAGGCAUUUUUAUUGUUUUUGAUUUAUACCUCGAUAUUUUGCUGGGUGUGUUUUGGCACCGCUUCCCUGUGGGUGUGGCAAGAGGUCUUGACUGAAAUGACCUACAUUGAAACACUGAUGCCGGUGAACGUCAUCUUACUGGCAAUUGUCGGGGGUAUUAUUGGCCUGGUGCUGACUGGGUUUACUGCCUGGCACAUCAGCCUGGCACUGCGCAACCUCACAACUAUUGAAUCACUCGAAAAGACUCGGUAUCUAUCUCCACUGCGCAAAGCACUAGAUCGACAGCGAUCCGAAAACCUGUCCAACAACGAUCCUACAUCGCGGGAAAGCAGUUUUAGUCAUCGCCUGCAGGGCUAUGGACAACAAAUCAUCGAAGCACAUGCAAACGCCAUCCCCGGCGUCACCCGGGUCGAAGAAGGCGAGGAGCGACAAUCGCCCGUGGCCGAUAACCGGGGUAGUCACCAGCAGGACUAUAUGUCAUUCCUGCAAGAGUCGAAUUCGCACGGAACACCCGCACAGCAAGCGCUGCAUCGGUCAUACGAAGAGAUGGAAAAUCAGCGCGAACGGGAUAGAUACGAAGACUAUCUAGACUCGAGAGACAACGAGGCCAUGCCGAGCCCGUUCGACCACGGCUGGCGGCAGAAUCUCCGCCAUUUAUUCGGUGAAAACGUUUUCUUAUGGGGCCUUCCAAUCUGCAACACAUCAGGUGAUGGCUGGUACUGGGAGCCAAGCAUCAGAUUUCUUGAAGCAAGAGACCGAAUCCGCAAAAACAGAGAGGAUGAAUGGUCGCAGUGGCUCGAGCGACAGCGGCAGCAAAGCCACGAAUACUGGACGAGCAGCACCGGCCAGCGACAGCCAGCCACUACGAGACCGGUAUCGAUCCAGCGAAACAUACACACCGGCUCUUUGGGGGGUUCCCUAGAUAGACCAAGCACAGGAGUGUCCAUGAAAACGCUCCGGCCCAUGUCGCCUCGCUUCCCUGACGAUGACAGUGACGACGACUUGAGCGACGACGAGGAGGCCCGACCAAAGCAGCUCAGUCGCCAGGGAAGCAAAGCUGAACGCGUACUCGGUAUAAUUCGAGACGACAGCACGCCGCGAGACGACUGGAGGAAUUGGGAUUAG